AGACAAAGAGAGCGACUGAGACGAAUAGGAGGGGAAGAGGGAGCAGAAAGAAGCAGAGACAGAGAGAGGCAGAUACAUAAAGAGGCACAGAGGAAUUGAUGGAAUGACAGUCUGGUGGCAGGGGACACACUCAGAGAGAGAGAGAGAGAGAGGAUAGAGAGAGAGGAAGAGGGAGGGUGUGCAUGGUAGAGAGACAUAGAGGGGAUGUAAAAUAGGCAGCUCCAGUGACAGCGUAGACAAAGGUAGCUUCAGAGUGCAUGUGCGCACUCUAUUUCAUUCACACUCUCUCUCACUCACACAUCCUCUCACUCUCUCUCACUCACUCAGUCACACAGACGCACGCACACACCCUCGAGCAGAAGCAGGAGAGCUGUGUGGGUUGCGAGGCAGCAUGAGAAGUGAUAUCUGUACUUCUACACAUACAGCUGGCUGAUGGACUAACUUAAUUACACCACACACACCUACUGUACGCACACUCACUAGCACACCUUGAUUAUAGGCAGACAGACACACACACACGAGCACACACAACCUGUCUGCGGCCAGAAGUCAACAUGGGUCUUGUGGUGGGAACCUUUUCCAUGCAAACCAAGCAGGUCAACUACCGCAGAGACAAAGCUGAUGAUGACUUGGAGAUGACCAUGGUGUGCCAUCGACCGGAGGGCCUCGACCAGCUAGAAGCUCAAUCCAACUUCAGCAAAAGAGAGCUCCAAGUGCUCUACCGGGGCUUCAAGAAUGAGUGUCCAAGUGGCAUCGUAAAUGAGGAAACUUUCAAGCAAAUAUACGCCCAGUUCUUCCCUCAUGGAGAUGCCAGCACCUACGCACACUUCCUGUUCAACGCAUUUGACUCAGCACAUACCGGCUCCAUAAAGUUUGAGGACUUUGUAACAGCUCUGUCCAUCCUGCUGAGGGGGUCCGUCACUGAGAAGCUACAGUGGACCUUCAACCUUUAUGAUAUAAACAGAGAUGGAUACAUCAACAAAGAGGAGAUGACAGACAUCGUCAGAGCGAUAUAUGACAUGAUGGGGAAGUACACUUACCCUGUCUUGAAAACUGAUGCACCCAAACAGCAUGUGGAAGCCUUCUUUCAGAAAAUGGACAAAAACAGAGAUGGUGUGGUCACUCUUGAUGAAUUCAUCUUUUCUUGUCAAGAGGAUGAAAACAUCAUGAGGUCUCUGCAGCUCUUUGAAAAUGUCAUCUAGACAACAAAGAAGACGGAGACGGUGCAAUAGACGAAAGCACUGAGUGAGAGAAGAGAAAAGAAGAAAGAGAAGAACGUCCAAGAGAAAAGGAACAACAUCGCUUGCAUCUGAAAUGAAACAAGGAUCUUGUCACUCUGUGUGGGACGGUUUCCACAGAACUUCAUGGAAGGCGUCUUUCUGUAACAAAUCCAUGGCGACAAACCAUCACUGGUUUUGGAAAAUGUCCUUAAGACAUCACCUGUCUCUGUCUCCCUCGUUUAAUGCUGUCGUUACGGUUACUGUCACCUCGGAAAGUGUGUAAAUACUGAUUCUCUCAUACUUUUCUGAAAUAUGUAAAUUGAACCACAUUAUCAAGCAAGACUCAAAUUCCUAAAAGCAGCUUAGCUGUGAGAUCAACCAAAAUGCAUACUUGGUGCAUUAGAGGCUUAAACAAUGGCUGUUUUUCAUCAUGGAUUUCUGUGUCAAUACAACAAAUAUGAGCAAUAUCGUGAAGCAUGCAAGACAGAGGCCUACGGCAUAUUUAACGUAUAUGUGUCAUAAAAAAAACUUGGUGGCAGUAUACUCUUGCUAAGUGUAUACAUUUGAGAAGCCAAGGUCUGGGUGUAGCAUCUCACCUCCACCUCAUCUGUUUACAGACUAAAUUCAGACACAGGCCUGUAAAGGUUUGCAGAGCUGAAUUUGACCUCUUAGGUCUCGUGACAAAAGCCCUCUUUACUCCUACCGUGUGUGUUCCAGUGGUGUCAGUCAGUGUUUCAAUGUUGUAACGACUCCACUGUAGAUAUUUAACUGUUGUAUCUGUGGCUUCUUCUCGCUGUAUGUAAUCAUCCAUGUCUGUCUGUGUGUUUCUGAUUCUGACUGUCUGUCUGUCUUUCUGUCAAAUUGGAUAGAACUGUAAUUAUUCUACCUGCCACUAAUUGUUAAAUAAAGAGUCCAUUUACAGGUUUACCGGCAUACAGAUGCAGAGUAAUACAGGGACAUGCAUAUGUGUGUGUGUGUGUGUGUGUGUGGUGUCCUGAUGUAAAGUUUCUAUUUGCCUGAUUAAAAAUUAGUGUCAUUUGUCUAGCAUGUAGGUUCAUCUUGUGGAUCAGUCCAGCUGAACUGACCAUGUUCCUGCUAGAGAGGAGAGUUCCGUCGUCAGUUCUGUCUGUUUUACAAAUGUCGACUCAGAGCGACCAAACUUUCACUGUGAGGGAGAGACAGAAGAGGGGAGCUAGAAGGAGGGACUGUGGGGAAAGAAUAGAGGGAGACAAAGACGAAAGAAUAAGGCAGAAGACGAGAGAGACCUUUUCACUGAUUCUGAAGGAAUGGAAGCCAUGUUUCAAACAAGAGCCAUCGUUUUUGAAGAUUGAGCAGGAAAAAAAUACAGAUUUAUAAAUUAUUUACUAUCAUGCCCACUCACUGUGCUACCAAUAGUGUAAUAAAACUCCUUGCUGAGAUGUGUUCUCAAAUCUCAAAUGUACCCAGACAUACUUCCAGAUAGACUGACAGACAGAAAGACAAACAGACAGCUUCAAACUGUCAGAAUGAAACCAUGUGUGUAUUGAAAUAUUGUAUAAAAUCAUUAUAUUUAUCAAUAAACUUUUCAAGAAACAGAA